ACCACCGCGAGAAGGACUACUCCGGCAGCUAAGAAGGAGAAGGAGAAUGAGGCAGCCUGUAGCAAAGAGGCUGUGGUGGUCAAGAAGGAGGGGAAGGGCAAAGGGAAGGAGAAAGCGACGGAAACGCCCGAAGAUAGACGUCUGGGCGCGAUGCGCGCUGUGAAUCAAGCCUCACAGAGCCUCUCUGUCCUGGUGCAGUCUGGAUGGAAAUACACCUCCGAUGCGGGGGGUGCCGCGCAGAAGAAGUCUGCGGCAGCAAGUGCAGCGGAUGUGGCACGACAUCUUGCAACCCUGCGCGAACUUUCUGACGCUGAUGCGAUGUUGGACGUCGAGCGCGCAGCGGGAAGCCUCUCAGGGAAACUUGUUGCUUUGGAGAUGUACGACGCCGCCCUUCUCGCAUUGCGCGCGAUGCAUCCAAGACUGUGUCGGCUACUUGGCUUAGCUCCAUUGUCAACUAAUUCCACGCAGCUCGAUCUACUCAGUAUAUCAUUACCCGACGAAGCCACUACUCCUACGCCAACCCUGCUCACCCUCACAACUACAUUUCUACUUCACACACUGACUGUCCUCUCGUCCCAGACACCUUCAAAGGUUCCCUUGACCUCGUUCGUGGGCUGUCUCACGUUGUC